AUGAUUAACCAGUUCUGCCCGUUAGCCCGAACAGGGCUAUCGGGGCUCGCUGCCAGUUCGGUGUGCACUGUUCAGCGAGCCUUAGUGCAUCAUCACAUGGAACGACACGAUCUCGCACGAUUUCUGGGAAUUACACGGUCGAAUAAAGCCAGAUCCAACAGGAACACCCAUGUGAAUGAGAAAAUGUUUCGAAAGUUACGUGGCCGAAAAACGGUAGUAAUAGAUCUUCCUGACGACGAAGAACAGCGUCGUCAUGAAAAACUAUCGCCCAAUGAACUAAGGGUUGAGUUGCUCAAAAAAGGAAUAAACCCUUACAAGGAGGUUCAACCACGUUCCUGGCAGGAGGCGCAGAUCACUAUACAGUCAUUUUAUGCUGUUGUUGAUCCUUUUGUAACGCCUGAACCAGGUGAGACAUUGCCUUUUUUCGGUGCGGGAGUGGAUGGGUUAAAGAUGAAAGGAGAAGAGUUAAAACAACGAGCGCUACAUCGGUACCAUAACUGGCGGAACGGCACGAACAGAAUCCGAAAGAAAGAGGGAUUUGAGAAGUUUGAUGCAAAGACAUUUGGUCCUACGGCUGACUUAAUUUACGAAGAAGCUCACAAGGCUCUCAUGAAAAGAGAUAAGCCAACGUUACACAAAUUCAUAACAGAACAUGCAUUUAAGAAAAUGUGGCCUGAUGUUGAGAAUGGUUCAGUUGUAUGGGAGCUUGUGGAGAGACUGGAACCAAGUAGUGUGGUUUCUAUUCGAUGUGGCGACCAGCCUUAUAAAUCUGGAAAUGAUAUCGCUCAACUAACAGUUCGGAUGCACACAAAACAAAAAUUGGCUGUAUACGAUCGCUUUGGCCAUCUUAUACUUGGCUCAGAGACAGAUCCUCGAGAGGUGAUUGAAUACGUGGUGUUCGAGAAUCAUAUCGCUGUUGUCGAUGGCUCGUGGCGGCUACAUGACAAGGUUUAUCCGAAAUGGGUCCAACCGAAGCAAGGCGUGGACAUCACUUAUACGUUAGGAGAUGGCAGUGGAGAGUCUAGACCAGAUGAACCAUCAAAUCUUCCGCUACGAGUUGAAGAGAUUGAACAACAACGAAGGAAGGAAGAAAAAAGCGGUAAAACGGCCGAUGAAGAAUGA